CUUUGUUAAGUCCUCCAAAGAUUAUAUUCUAAGAAGGUACAUUUGCACCCAAAUAAAAGAACUUCUACUCCAUUUUCUUGCUUUUGGGCUUUGUUUUUCCACACCUUGUAUGGGUGUUGUGGGUUAGGAGAAGAAAGAAAAGCAGCACCAAAACCUACAGAGGUGCAUUGCUUUCUCUGUAGAGAUGCCUAGUUAUACUAUAACCACGUAGGUAGCCGGAGAGCUGCUUCUAUGGAGUUUUAAUAUCAACCACAACGAAAGUUCCAUUGUGGGUGAUCUUGUAUCCAUCUCUUCUUUUUAUCAUGGGCGUAAUGCGCGCAACCGGGCUCAUGCUAACAUUAACCGGGAGAGUAGUUAAUGAGGUGGCCAGCUUCGUCGUCUUCACCAUUCUCGAUCUCCUUGACGUGGUGCUAUGCGUCAUCUACAAGGUCAUCGAUUUUGUCGUGGAAGCCGAAUGGAAGCCGUGUUACUGCUCUUCAGCGAAAGAAGCGAUCACGAGCAGUGGGAAGAUUCUCGUUUCAGAGCAAGGCGAGUCAAAAAUCGUAUGCUUGAGUUCGAGCAAGUUGCAGCUGGAAGACAUUUCUGACACGCUGUAUUUGCGGUCUUCGUUGGUUUCUGAUAUCUCCAAAACUACGGUGAAGGAAUUGAAGCGGCUGAAGAUCGAGGGGACCGCGAUCCGGACGUGCGAGAAAGUGAAGAAUGGGAGCGUGAGAUCAACGUUCACGAUUAAUUCAACCAUUAUAGAGAUGUUGCAGGGGAAGAUCGGAGGACAGCAAUCACACCCAAUUCCUCGGUGGUCGGAUUGCGAUUGCAAGACCUGCACUUCUUGGAGCUCUUCCUGUAAGGAGACGCUCUUUGUUCAAGCUGAUGGCGCGGAAGAUAAUGCAAGUGAAGAUGUGUUGUUCAUACAUGGAUUUAUAUCAUCAUCGGCAUUUUGGACGGAGACGGUGUUCCCGAACUUCUCAGAAUCGACGAAAUCCAAGUAUCGAUUGUUAGCCAUUGAUCUGCUGGGAUUCGGGAGGAGCCCGAAACCGACCGACUCCCUCUACACACUAAGAGAACACGUCGAGAUGAUCGAACGGUCGGUAUUGGAGCCUUACAGGGUGAAAAAUUUCCACAUAGUGGCCCACUCUCUGGGAUGCAUUUUAGCACUAGCCCUAGCAGUGAAAUACCCCGGUGCAGUUAAGUCUCUUACACUGCUUGCACCGCCAUAUUUUCCGGUACCUAAAGGAGAGCAUGGGGCCCAGUUUGUGCUGAGGAAGGUAGCCCCAAGACGCGUAUGGCCGUUGAUCGCGUUUGGGGCAUCGAUUGCUUGCUGGUACGAACACAUAAGCAGGACAGUGUGCUUGGUGAUCUGCAAGAACCACAGGCUAUGGGAAUUCAUGACCAAGCAGAUUACCCGAAACAGGAUCCGGACCUUCUUGCUUGAAGGCUUCUUUUGCCACACACACAACGCUGCUUGGCAUACACUGCACAAUAUCAUAUGUGGGAGUGCAAGCAAGAUGGACGGAUAUUUGGAUGCUGUAGAUGACAUGAUCAACUGUGUGGUCACCGUAUUCCACGGUAGCGAUGAUGAGCUACUUCCCUUGGAAUGCAGCUAUGCAGUCCGAUCAAAAAUCCCAAGAGCUAAUAUUAAGGUGAUCGAGAAGAAAGAUCACAUCACUAUUGUAGUUGGACGGCAGAAAGCUUUUGCUAGAGAAUUAGAAGAGAUAUGGAAGAAAUCGAGUGGCUGAGAUUAUAGAAAACGUGCAAUUAUCUAAUCACGAUUUCUUUUUACUAAGGAAGAAAAAAAAAAAAUCGAGAUUGGUAGUUUCUUAUUCAAGUGUGAAAUGGGCCAUGUGUAGUUUUUAUAUGUUCUUUUAUUGUGAUUACUCAUUAUUCGAGUGGGAAGUGUUUAAUUAUUAAUUAUGAUAAUUAUGUUAAUUUCAAACGGAGAUAAUGAAUUAAAAGCGAUGAAGCUUUUACUUGGGGUCUUUUC